CUCCGUAUAAUCUAUAAUCUGUACUUCCAUCCCCUGGCCAAGGUCCCUGGCGCAACCGCCUGGAAAGCCUCUCGACUGCCCUUUAUCUGGUCGCUGCUCAGGGGCACCAUCGUCCAUGACAUUGAGCGCCUGCACCGCAAGCAUGGCCCCGUCCUGCGCAUCGCGCCCAACGAGGUCACCUUCGCCCACGAGGACGCCUGGCGAGACAUCUUCCAGCUGCGGAAAGACCACCAGCCGUUCCUCAAGGACCCCGUCUGGUGGAAGUCUCAGCCUGGCAUGCCCGAGUCCCUGCUGAGCGCCAUCGACCCGAAGCGUCACGCGCGCAUCCGCAGCCUCCUCGCGCCGGGCUUCACCCCGAAGGCGCUCAAGGAGCAGGAGGGCAUUCUGCACUUUUACGUCAACCUCCUGGUGGAGCGGUUCCGAGAGCUGGCGGGCAAGGACCCCGAAAGCAGCGGCGCCGUCGUCGACGUCGUGCCGUGGUUCAACUUCAUCGCCUUCGACAUCUUUGGCGACCUCGGCUUCGGCGAGUCCUUCAACUGCCUCCAGGACUCAAAGUAUCACCCCUGGAUCGCGCUGCUGUUCAACAGCGUCAAGGCGGCGUCGUUUGUUGCGGCAGCGCGCUUCUACCCCAUCGUCCAGCGCCUGCUCCUCAUGUGCAUCCCGCAGUCUCUGCGCAAGAUGCAGAGGGACCACUACCAGCAGAUCGUCGACAAGGUCGACCGGCGUCUCAACUUUGAGCUGGAGCGGCCCGACAUCAUGUCUCAUGUGAUACGAGGCACAGAGCGCCGCGAGCUGCCUCCCGGGACCAUCCACACUACGUUCAUGGUGCUGACGACGGCAGGGAGUGAGACAACGGCCACGGCGCUGAGCGGAACCCUCAACUACCUGGUCAACAACCCCGACAAGCUCGAGACCCUGACGCGAGAGAUCCGCGGGGCCUUUGAGAAGGAGGACGACAUCAACCUCGACUCCCUCCGCAAGUUGCCCUACCUCAACGCCGUGCUGAACGAGGGCCUUAGGCUUUGUCCGCCCAUCCCCUGGGUUCUUCCCAGGGUCGUCCCGGAGGGAGGAGAUACAGUAUGCGGAACGUGGCUUCCAGGAGGGACUCCCGUCUCAAUACAGGCAUACUCCAUGAACCGCGACCCGGCCAACUUCCACGCGGCCACGUCAUUCGAACCGGAGCGCUGGCUUCCCGCCAGCCGCACGGACCCAGCGUCGCCCUUCUUCCAUGAUCGCCUCCAGGUUGUGCAGCCGUUCAGCGACGGGCCCCGGGCCUGCCUGGGCCAGCACCUGGCGUGGGCCGAGAUGCGCCUCAUCAUGACCAAGCUGCUCUGGACGUUUGACUUUGCGGUGGUGGAGGAUCGCAGGACGCGCUGGGAGGACCUGAGGACGUUUCUGCUGGUAGAGAAGCGCCCGAUUGAGGUGCGGGUGCGGCUCAGGGACACUGCCGCCGGCUCCGUCGCAUAG